AUGGCUAAGUUGUGUUUAAUACACGUGCAUGUAUAUCUAGACGACGAAAUAUUAUCAGAAGUAUUACGAUCAGUAGUUCCAGCUAUACAAUUUUCAAUGAGCUCACCAACAGCCUUCAAACAUGAACGUGAUAGUCGCGAACGUGACAUUGGCGAACGUCGUUUUACACGUAACAGUCGUUCUCGAUCUCGUUCACCUAUUUCAAGUAGUGUUAACAUUAGAUCAGAAUCUAAAUCACCAUCAUCAACAAAAAUUAGACGUAAAAGAAAAGAGCCAAGCGAUCGUGAAGACCGAACUCAAACAAAGACCACAUCCUCUCAAAAACACCAUCGUCAUAAAUCAAGUAAAAAUGACCGUGAACAGGAACGAGUUCGUUUAGCGGCAGCUGAGAAAGCUCGUUUAGCAGCUGCUGCACAAACAGCUGAUUCCGGUGAUGAAGGUUCAGUUAGUUUAUCUGAAUCACAUGGUGAAAUGUCGGAAAGUGAGAUAUCAGAACAAGAGUUAUCAUCAUCAGAAAAUGAAUCAAAUGAUGAAGAAGGAAUGAUUGAAACACGACGUUCCUCGUCAAAGAAAAAACAUCGAACAUCAAAGAAUUCAUCGAAUAAUCAACAAAAACAACAGCAAAAUUCUGGAAAUCAACAGAGAGGAAAAGGUACUCAGUUGAUCAUUAAUUAUUUACCAUCAUCAUUGCGUGAAUCGGAUUUUUAUCAAUUAUUUACUCGUUUGGGUCCCGUGAAAUUGUGUAAACUCGUUACCGAUCGUUCUACUGGUCAUAGUAUGGGUUAUGGUUUUAUUGAAUAUGCCACAUCGGAAGAUGCUGUUAAAGCUAUUGAUAAGUAUAAUGGAUAUCGAAUUGAACAUAAAACAUUGAAAGUUAGUUAUGCACAGCCAAAAUCCGGUGGAACAUUGUCUAGUGGUUCUUCAUCACAAACCAGUGGACCAAUGAUUAAAAAUGCAAAUUUAUAUCUCACAAAUUUACCUGAAGAAUAUGAUGAACAAACAUUGGAAAGAAUAUUUUCAAAAUAUGGUGAUAUUGUUAAAACAAAAGUACUGAGAGAUCCUCGAACAAGAAUAUCACGAGGUGUAGCCUUUGUUUUGAUGGCUAGUAAACAGUAUGCUGAACGAGCAGUAGAAGCUCUUGAUGGUUAUAUACCAUCAGGUUCUCGUGAGCCAAUUAGUGUUAAAUUUGCUGAUCCAAAAAAAAUGAAUGCUGGUCAAACAUCAUCAUUACCCAUUCCAGGCUAUUUAGGAGGUCUACCAUCACAAUUAGCACACGAUAUGCUGGAUUCGUAUUAUCGUGAAAUGUUGUCUCCGUCUCCACCUUAUCAUCGAUCAACAUCAUCCUACGAAACAUCAGCAUCGAGAUCUCGAGGUGGUACAAGUAGUUUAGGUUUACCACGAUCAUAUAGUACAAGUCGUUAUAGUCCAAAUGCAUUAGCUGCAGCUGUUUCGAAUUUUACGGGUAGUGGUCGAAGUAGUAGUGGUAGUACAACUAGUGCAUUGGCAGCAGCUGCUCAAUUAAUUUCUAGUGGUUAUCAAGAGGCAAUUGAUCCAAAUGGUUUUGUUAUUUAUGCCUUUGGUUUACCUCAUGACUGUGAUGAAAAUGAUCUAGAAGAAUUAUUUCGAUGUAAAAAUGAUUUUGAUAUUUAUAGAGUUUUUAUUGUUCGAAAUUAUACAACAGGUGAAUCAAAAGGAUAUGCAUUUAUAACAAUGAGAAACUAUGAUGAAGCAUGCUAUGCAAUUGAAAAACUCGACGGUAGCACAUUUAAAGGACGAACAUUACAAGUUAGAUUUAAACGAUAA